AUGCUCGGGCUAAGUGACAGAAGUUCAAGGUCCUCCAGGAUGCUGGCUUUCGUCCUGGCUGCGAUUUUGUUGAAUAGCCCAGCUCCAGUGGUUUUCGGGUUGAAAACCACACCGGGUUCGCCCUGUACAGAUGUGUGCGGUACUACGGCCAACACUACAUCUUCCGAGAUUGCGUGUUUGGAUCAAUCGUACAAUCAAUCAUCAGUAGGGAAAAGUUUCCAAAAAUGCAUCACCUGCCAGUUGGACAGCAAGUUCAACGACGCGAACACUGGAGAAUCGGAUGUGAACUGGGGACUCUAUAACCUGCGCUACGCUUUUUCGACCUGUGUAUUUGGAUCUCCAGACUCGAUCUCAAAUGUCUCGUCUCCGUGCCCGGUUGCAUGCGAUGGCGUGCGUUUAGCAGUCGAAACCAACCUUGAAGACCCAGAUACAUCGAACCUGGAUUCGUGGUGUGACACACCGUCGUUCGCAGAUAACGUCGUCAACACCUGCGAGUUCUGCUACAACUUGACAACCACCCAAGUUUACAUGGCAAACUUCCUCGAGUCCAUCCGCUACAACUGCCAUUUCAAGACAGUAACGGGCAAGGCAUUCGACAUAACCCCAACAAGAAUCUUCACCCAAUCCCUCCUCCCCUCAAGUCUCUCUCUCACAACGCCCGUUUCCAAAAUCUCAAAACUAGAUCUGGGAGUGGUGAUCGCCGUGCCAAUCGUAGGAUUCCUAAUCCUGGUCUCGUCCCUCGCGUUAUGUUGCUUCUUCUUCAUACGGCACCGACGCAAGAAGACCCGUCGGAACCGGCAGACGGUUAACCCGUACAACCACUGGAACGGUGCAUCGCCGACCAGCGCGCAGCAGCAAGCCUGGGCCGAGCAGCAGAUGUAUAACUCUGGCGGGUAUGGGCAUGGAUCUGGGUUUGGCUUUGUUGAUAAUGAUGGCCGUGGACAGGAGCUUGCGUAUGGCCACCACAACCAACAUUAUCAAAACCAACAGUACCAGCAGCACUUCCAGGGUCAGGAUAAGUCUGGUUUCUCGCAGGACAUUAUCGAGGAAUCUCCUCAGCAGCAGUACCAGCAACAACAGUAUGCUCAACAACAGUAUCAGCAGCAUGAUCAGGUCCCUGCUCACACUCAGGUAUUUGAGCCGGAUCAAAAGGGUCAGCAUGGUCAGGUACCUGUUCACCCUCAGACCUUUGAUCCAGAUCAAAAGAACCCCCAGCAGUGGCAAUGA